AUGGUCUGGAACGAGAGCUUAGUUACAUUAACUGGAAUUCUCUUUUCUUACACAAUUUCCAGUGCUUCUACCUGUCCUGCAGAAAAUCAAUUUACCAGUCCUCCAUUGUUCUGUUCCUCUGCACCUAUCAAGUAUGCAAAUUUCUCCAGUCCCAAUUAUAGGAAAUCAGGAAAAGAUUACUUGAAGCUUCAGUUGAUUAAUCAAAGAUCAAAUUUCUCAUUUGCUUUUUUCAAAGGUGGCUUGACAAAUUUCACAGGAGAGAAAGACUCAAGCCAAAGCCAUUCUCCAACUUCACAAAAUGCUAGUAAAAGACUAGUUGGCCUGGGAGGUGCAUAUGGAGAAGAUGAUGGUUAUGAGGUAAUAAAAAAGGCGAUCAUCAACCUAUCGCUUGGUCACAAGGAACACAUUAUUGCAUAUGGAGAAGGAAAUGAGAGAAAGUUGACAGGGGGUGGCUAACCGUGGUUGUUCAAUCAGUGUUGGAAGAGACACUUAGAAGAAUGGAAAAGGUUACAUGGAGGACCGGCGCGCCCGGCUUCAAACAUGGAUCCAUGUUGUGACAGCAUUACUGGCAGAAACUUCCAUAUUAUGGGAACCUACUCGAGGCUGAAGCUCUUGCGGCUCAGAACACGAUCCUUGAAGGUCUAAAAUAAAUUCAUAUUCUGAAUUAUUUGUAAAAGUAUAUCUUGUUAGUAGUUUCAUUUGUAUCUUAUAAGACUCUUUAUUUCUAUAAACAUUACUUUUUUGGUAGUGGCAUAA